AUGGCUUUAAUAUUAUCAAUUUUAAAAGCAUUCAACUGCGAAGAUAUGUCUGCAUUCUUGAGAAGAUCUCAUCGUAUACUUAUCGGACAAGCAAGUAAAGGAGAUACAGAAAAAUGCAAUCCCCAUGUCUGCAGUGCUCACGUAUUAAAUGCUAUUAAAAAGAAAUCUUUAAAAUUGUACGUACAGAUAUUACUUACCAAUCGUAAGCAUAUAUGUUUUAUACUACAUUUUCCAAAAACAUAUAUACAUACAUAUACAUAUAUGUUCAGCGUAUGCAAAGUGAUGUCAGGGUUAGCGAUAAAACGAACCCAUUGUAUUGUAAGAAGAUGGAACAAUAUCUAACGAAGUAUUAUGUCCCACUUGCACUUCUAUGGACAGGAAUGCUUUUAGGUAUAAUAUAUAAAUAUAUAUAUAUUAUAAAAUAUAUAAAUAAAGUUGCCAAUGUUGCUCAAAUAUAUAUUUCUGCUAUACAUAUAUAUUUCUAAUUAUAAAUAAAGUUGCUAAUGUGUUCUAUCAUUCUCUCAUUUAUUUCAGUGAAUAUUAUAUACAGUUGUAUCAUGCACACUUCAUAUUAGCACCAUCUACUUCAUGUUAUUUACUAUAUUAUUAUGUUAUACUUUAUAGGUGAUCUCACUAGACAUCAAGUCCAAUAUAGAAGUUCAGUGAGUAAAGAAGCUACUCAUAUCGUAAUGGUUAGUAUAUACAUAUUGACUGAAAGUUAUACUAUAAUUCAUGUAACAAAGCUUUCAUUAAUUGGUUUUAGGGAUGCAACUAUAACAAAUAUAAGGAGAAUUUCGACGUUUCAAGCGAAGGAAGGAAGGCGACCAUUCGUCACGUAAUUUCCCCACCCCGCUACUAUAAUUUCCCCAUGAAUUAGGGCCUUCUCCUUAUAUUAUGCAGGUAUAGUUGCAUCCCCACCAACGAAAGCUUUGUCAGUAUUAUUGGAACUAUAGACCGUUAAUGGUGUAAAAAUAGAGUCACCAUCGUUCUCAACGGCCAGUUUGUAAUAGUUUGUACCUGCAUGUAAACCACGUAUUCUCUAUAGUUAUAUAAUCACUCAGUUAUAUAUCGUUCAGUUCUAAAGUGUUGUAUUUAAGCUGAUGAGAAAGAUCGUGUCUCAAUCUUUACGGCCGUUACGAUCAUAUGGAAACCAGACUUUAGUGUCAGAAUAAAAUGUCUAAUAUAAUGUAAAAUAGUUGUUUUUACUUUUUAUAAAUCGUGAAUAAUGACCAUAUUAUCAACGAUGCAUUAUUGCACGCAUUUAUGGCACACUUUUGUCGCAUUCAAGUUAAGAUUAAUUGUCAAAAAAUGGCUUGUACUUUUUAACAUGUAGGAAAAAGGUGUCACAAGAUGCACAGAUGCUACUCAAGGCCAAUGGCAAAAAAUGUUUAAAGUUGAUGACACACAUGGGAAUUGGCCAAUUCGUCUUGACGCAAAAUUGGUAAAAAUGUUUCAAAAUCUUAACGGACGGUAUAGGAAUUUUUUAGAUGGAACAAAGCAAAUUGGAAGGAAGAAGAAAAAGCAGUUAAUAACAACAGCAGGAACCACGGUAUUCUUAGACUGAUAUUAGCUAUAUAUCAACAGCCUGAUUCAAACAAUAUGUACAUUGAUGAAAACAUGCCUGUUGUGGCAACCUUUUGAAGUAGCCUAUAAACAUCCACUUUUGGCAAAGUGCUCAAUGGAUGACCAGAGCAUAAUGAAAUAAACUGUACAACCACUCGAUAAAUCCCACUAGGUAUCUUUAUACUAUUUAGUUUCGUACCACAAGAUGUGGCACUCACGAUUCAUCAGCUAAAUUAGCCUUAUGAUCUAUCAGCAAAACUUGCAGCAUUUAAACAACAUUUAUUUAGUUACACGCUUAUUCUUUGCAUGCUUUGGAAAUAUGGAUUUAUUUUAAGCUUUUAUUCAUCUGUACAUAACUGAUGUAUACGUUUUGCUGCUAUAUAGACAUAAGGCUAAUUUAUAUGAUGAGUGCCACAUCUCGUGGUACGAAAAUAAAUAGUAAUAAAGAUUCCUAUAGUGGAAUUUGUUGAGUCGUUAUAAUUAUACUUCAAUUUAUUUUAUAUAAAUGCAUAUGUCAGUUUCAGUACAUUCAAUUGCAUACGUUUUUAUUGUAUAGCUCCAGAAGGGAAAAGAAAGCGAUGAUAAGGAACCGAAACUACGCAAAAGCUUGUCAAUGGCGGAAGAGAAAUGGAACAGGAAGGAAAAGCCUAAAACGAAGAAAACUAAACAAGACAGUCGAUUUUUUAAGCCUCCGUCAAAGCCAUUUCCAAGCGACAAGAUUUUUAAUUAUUUUUUUUUUAAUAUUUCACUAAUUUUCUUUCACCGAAAAAACCAUGCAUGUUUGUAUACUGUAUAUAAGUGCAUUGCUAAUAUUAUACGCCGUUCGUGGAUCGUUAUAUAUUACGCCAUUCAUAGCUUUUUGAAAUAAUUAUUUUGUUUUAAACUUUUGUUUCGUUUUUUUUUGUAAUUGUUUUUAAUAUAGCAAGAACAACACAUCAACUCCAAGAAAUGCUGGUAGUAAAGCCUUGCAUAAUGAUACGAAUACAUAUACAGGAUUAAUGAAUUUGGGAAACUCAUGCUGGUUCAACUCAAUUAUUCAGAUGGUAAAUAGUACUAUACUAGGUGACAUUAUCCAAGGUAAAGUAUCAAUAUAUAUUUAUUCAUUGAUGUAUGCACUAUUUAAAGCACGUGUAUUCUCAAGUGCUUUAUCAAUAUAUUGAGGUACAACAGAUCAGCAAAAAUCAACUUGGCGUCUUUACUACUAAAUAGUUUCGUACCACAAGAUGUGGCACUCCUCAGAUGAAUUGAUCUAUUAUUGUUGUUGUUGUUGUUGUUGUUGUUGUUGUUGUUGUUGUUGUUGUUAUUAUUAUUAUUAUUAUUAUUAUUAUUAUUAUUAUUCUAAAUGAAGGACGUUUCACGUGGCGUCAUGAUUCGGUGCUUAACUUCAUAGCAUCCAUACUUAAAUCUGUGAACCAUUGUAACCUUUAUGCUGACCUUCCUGGCUAUAUCAGUCCAUCUGUUAUCACCGGAGAUGAAUUGCGCCCUGAUCUUUUGAUAACACUUGAAAACAAAUGUAUUUAUAUACUUGAACUUCCCGUCGGAUUUGAAUCUAAUCUCCUCACUAAUGCAACUCGAAAAAGACAAAAAUAUCAAGAUCUAAUUAACGAACAGCUCAAAAAUUAUGAAAAAGUGAAAUUUGUAAAUUUAUCGAUUAGCUCAUUAGGAGUUUUCAGCCACCCGUCGCUAGAUUUCACAGAAAUGCUGAAAGAUCUAAAGUUUGAUGAACAAUGUAGAAAGUACUAUGUUCGGAAAAUUAUUAAUAUAUGUAUCAGGUCCUCGUAUUAUAUAUUCUGUAAGCGUAACAAAGAAUGGGAUAACCCACAACUAAUGUCAUACUAA